UGCACGUAUAUAUAUAUGUUAGUCACUUGGCUUUGGAAUGAUUGCAGCUUCCAAGUUCCUGAUCAAGUGCUGAUCAAAGUUCAACAAUGUGUGUGUGACUUGGGGGAGCUGGUUUCUGGUUCUAACUCAAUGGCAAGAUCAGCAGGCAGCAACGCAGUACUUUUUCAUGAAAGCUCAAAAAAGUCACCAGCUCUAGCACUAGUACGGAUGCUAUUUCUGGGGCUUUUCUUGCUUGUUACUCUCUUUCAUCGUCCUUCACAACUCCCUAAGAUCAGGUCCAAGUUAGCUCCUCAUCAGUUAUCCUUGCCCAGACAACUCCUCUCGCUUCCUCCUCCUUAUUCAACGGAUGAGCAGUACUCCAGUACAAUGGAAUUGCAUCCAAAACAUACAAAGAAUUCCACGAAUCGACAGUACCAUGAAGUUGCUGCUCAUGAAGUUCCUAGUGGUCCGAAUCCUGAAUCCAACUAGUAAGCAAUAUAUAUAUAUAUAUAUGCACCUGCAGGAAAUUAAUAUAAUAAGUUUAUAUCGGAAUAAGCAGUACUGUUUGAUCUAUAUAUAUCAGCCAUGCACGGUCAUCUAUAUAUAUAUAUAAUAAAAAAUAUGUAUCGAUCAUCCUCGAUCGAUCGGUUCGCUUUCUGUUAAGUCAAAAUGUGUUUUCCCUUUUCAACCUCAUCGAUUGGAAAAAGAUCGAAACAUAAUCAACCAUACAUAUAUGUAUGUAUGUAUGUGUGUAUGUAUGUAUGCAAGCAUGCAUAGCCAGUAUUGGGAAAUUAAAGCUUCAUCUAUCUUCUUCUUC